CAGAGCCAGACAGGUGGAUUUAUCAGUUUUAUGUUGCCCUUCUGGACGGAGAUGAAAUGGAUGGAUUAAUCUGACGGAGGGGGACGUUGGUUAUUCCCACCCGAAUGGAGUAACAGGCUGCAAUGUCAUCUCCACCUGGCCGCCUGGAGAGAUGUGUCACGGGAAUGGGAUCAAGUUUGAACACGGUUCCUCUGGUUUCACGGAUGCUGUGAGAAGGAACCAAAAUGCCAGAAAAAGCACAGGUCUCUGCGGCCGCCUGCUCGGGCGCUCGCCCCACGGGAGUACAACCCAGCAGCAACAUUCCACGCACGGACUCCGAAGAAGAAGGCACAAAACGUCCACAACCCCGACUCCGCAGCAGCAGCCACGCUUCUUUGUGACACUGAAGGGUAUGAUGGGUGUAGCGGGCUGGACCUUGGUCCUACUCUCCUCAGUCAUGAUGCCUGUGGCAUCCCAAAAGCCUCCAGCACUCAGCGUGGGUGUGAUAAUGGGCCAGACACGCCCGGUAGCCGACCAGAACCUUCGGCCUCCUCGGCGCCCAGAUGAUCCACUUGAUGUCUCUGUAGUCAUCCUGAAGAUCAACCAGACAGACCCAAAGUCUAUAAUCACACAGGUGUGUGAACUUGUGUCUCGCACCCGUCUCCAUGGCCUUGUGUUUGCUGAUGGCACCGAUCAGGAGGCCAUUGCCCAGAUCCUAGACUUCCUUUCUGUACAGACACAGCUUCCGGUUUUGGGAGUUCAUGGAGGCUCCUCUAUGAUAAUGGCUGAUAAGGACGAGAAGUCCACUUUCUUCCAGUUCGGCGCAGCUUUGCAGCAGGAGGCUCUUCUCAUGCUUGCAAUCAUGGAGGAGUAUGACUGGCAUGUUUUUUCCAUUGUAACUUCCAAGUUUCCCGGCUUUCAGGAUUUCAUCAGCACGCUGAGACUGUCUGUGGAUCACAGCUUUGUUCGCUGGGACCUGCAGAGUGUUGUGACACUCGAUGCUAUAGAUGGUGACCCCAACUCAAAAUCACACAUUGCUCUCAAGAGGAUACAAAGCCCUGUUAUACUGCUGUACUGUUCCAAGGAUGAGGCAGUAUAUAUCCUGGAGGAAGCUCGGUCGUUGGGUCUAAUAGGAGCCGGUUACAUCUGGAUUGUGUCAAGUCUCACCACUGGAAAUCCAGACUUAACCCCUGAGAUGUAUCCCCUGGGUAUGAUCUCCGUAUCCUAUGACGACUGGGUGUACCCGCUGGAGACGCGGGUGCGGGACGGGGUCGGCAUCAUUUCCUCUGCAGCCACCUCCAUGCUGCGAGAGAAGGGGGAGCUGCCGGAGGCCCAGACCAGCUGCUUCAGCACACCAUCAGACAGAAGCCCUGGAAAGCUCCCACCUAGUGCCCUGCGCAGACACAUGAUGCAUGUGUGGAACGAAGGACGAGAUCUAUCCUUUACUCCAGAUGGUUACCAGGCCAACCCCAGAUUGGUUGUCAUUGUCUUGAACAGUGAAAGGAAAUGGGAGAAGAUGGGCCGCUGGGAGAACGGGACACUGUCGCUCAUGUUUCCAGUGUGGCCGAGAUAUAACGCCCAUGGGGAUGAGGAUGCUGAUGAGAAUCACCUCUCCAUCGUUACUCUUGAGGAGAAGCCUUUUGUCAUUGUUGACAAUGUAGACAUCCUCACCGGCACCUGCAAUAGAAACUCUGUGCCCUGCCGUAAACAUGUCAAGCUAAACAGCACAUCAGGAGCAGGAGGUGCCUAUAUCAAACAGUGCUGCAAAGGUUUCUGUAUCGACAUUCUGAAGAAGAUUGCCAGGAAUGUCAAGUUUACCUAUGAUCUAUAUUUGGUUAUCAACGGAAAACAUGGGAAGAAGAUCAACAAUGUGUGGAACGGCAUGGUUGGAGAGGUGGUGUAUAAGAAGGCCAUCAUGGCUGUGGGGUCACUGACCAUCAACGAGGAGAGGUCAGAGGUCAUCGACUUCUCCGUGCCCUUCGUAGAGACUGGCAUCAGCGUCAUGGUGUCACGCAGCAACGGAACCGUUUCACCCUCUGCCUUUCUUGAGCCCUUCAGCGCAUCGGUUUGGGUGAUGAUGUUUGUGAUGCUGCUCAUUGUUACAGCCAUCGCCGUCUUUCUCUUUGAGUUUGUCAGUCCACUGGGCUUCAACCGCAACUUGGCCCAAGGCAAAGACCCACAUGGUCCAUCGUUUACCAUCGGAAAGGCCAUAUGGCUGUUGUGGGGUCUGGUUUUCAACAACUCUGUGCCCGUGCAGAACCCAAAAGGCACCACCAGUAAAUUCAUUGUGUCCGUGUGGGCCUUCUUUGCUGUCAUCUUCCUGGCCUCCUACACUGCCAACCUAGCCGCCUUCAUGAUCCAAGAAGAGUUCGUGGACCAAGUCACUGGAUUGUCUGACAAAAAGUUCCAGAGCCCAUACUCCUACUCCCCGCCGUUUCGCUUUGGGACGGUUCCCAACGGCAGCACUGAGCGCAACAUUCGGAAGAACUACCCAGAUAUGCACCAGUACAUGACUAAAUACCACCAGACCGGCGUCGUGGAUGCGCUGGUCACCCUCAAGACAGGAAAGCUGGACGCAUUCAUUUAUGACGCUGCAGUCUUGAACUACAUGGCAGGCAGAGAUGACGGCUGUAAGCUUGUGACCAUCGGCAGCGGUUACAUCUUUGCGACCACAGGUUAUGGGAUCGCCCUACAGAAAGGAUCGUAUUGGAAACGUCUAGUCGAUCUGGCCAUACUUAGCAUCAUAGGGGACGGUGAGAUGGAGGAGCUGGAAGCGCAGUGGCUGACAGGGAUCUGCCAUAAUGAAAAGAACGAGGUGAUGUCCAGUCAGCUGGAUGUGGACAACAUGGCAGGGGUCUUCUAUAUGCUGGCUACAGCCAUGGGCCUCUCCAUCCUUACCUUCAUCUCGGAGCACCUUUUCUACUGGAGGCUGAGAUACUGCUUCACCGGUGUCUGCUCUGGCAGGCCGGGCAUGCUCUUCACUAUCAGCAGGGGUAUAUGGAGCUGUAUCCACGGCGUUCACAUUGACAUGAAGAAGAAGGCACCCGAGCUGGACUUCAGUCCUCAAGCCAAUAUGCUGCACUUGCUCAGAUCUGCCAAGUCCAUUGCCAUGUCAUCACCCAAACGCAACACAGUCCUCGUUCAACCCAGCAUCCUAGACAUGAUGUCGGGGAAAGGUAACUCACUCCACACUCUGCCUCAGAAGGGUCCUGGUCUCUAUAGCAACGCUGCUGGUCCACAGGCUUUCCUGUCAUUGUCUGGGCGACAUAAAAACCACCUCAACAAUGCUGCACCGUUUCCUGGGCAACAAACCCCCCCCCCUCUCCAGACCAGCCCAAACAAGCCCCAGUUGUCAAUCACCAACGACAACGGCAAGAACCGCCUGGCCGGCCCUGCCAUUGCCACAUCUAAGCCGCGGGCCCUAUGGAAGAAAAGUGUGGAAACGCUGAAGACUCAGCCAAGUGUCGUGUCUCCAGGAGGCCCGAGCCCCACCCCAGGUUCAGGAAGCGGACCUCUGCAGAUGAAGAGCCAGCGCUACCUGCCAGAAGAGCCGCAACACUCAGACAUGUCAGAGUGUUCCAGUAGGCCGCCAUCGCACAAAGAUUCAGACUCCAUGGCCGCGAGGGGUGGAUUUAAGCCAAUCAAUCAGCUGAGGAAGAGGGGCGGAGGUGGAGGAGGAGGCGGUGGAGGAUCCAAGAUCUACUCCAUUGACUCUGACCAGGCCAGCCUCCAAUCUGCUCCUCCGUACCAGAGAGACAGCCAGGGGGGAAGUGAUGAUCACAGUUACCCCCCUGACCUCUUUCCACCUGACAGCACUUACCCACACUCACACCAGUCAGAGACACCCAUUAUGCAGCUGAGCGCCAGCCUCCUGCACCACAGUCACAGCGCCGAGGCUGACCUGAACUCCCUGAAGGACAAGAAAUACAGCACCUACACACAUAGCAGUGUAAAGGACAAAUCAGCCGGUUCAUUUGAAGCUCCAGGUUCAGGUUCGACGGCCCAAGGCCAAGGCUCCAGGCCAGGUCACUGUCGAACCUGCCUGACCAAGCUUAGCAGUUACUCUGGCCUCUACACUGUUCGCUCCCCGCAAGCCCGCUGCGAUGCUUGUGCCCACCUGGGAAACCUAUAUGACAUCAGUGAAGAUCACCUGCACUCGCACUACACCCACAGUCACCCACACAGUGGUGACAUGUUUACUCACUACCUUCCCCAGACCGAGUUGGACCUGGUGGGCGAAGGGGAUGGGCUUGUCAGCCACUUUGAGCCCACCCCGUCUUCGCCGUCUCCUCUGCCCAGCUCCCCAUCUGCACAGCACCUCCAGCUGAGUCGUCAGCACUCCUACGAGAACGUGCUUCCAGACGGCAUUCCCGAGCGGCAGUCACAGCCUCACCACCACAUGCGAGGACUCAGCCUGCCUGACAGGGAUCGGGACAGGGAGCUGAUCCUGGAUGACGAGGCCUAUGCCAAUGUUCUCACAAUGCGUUCUGACCGGCCAUACAGCAGCCGCAGCCCGCCGUCUCCAUCCCCAUCUCACCACCACAGCCUGGACAUCCCGAUGCCUAUGCCGCGGCGCUCCAAGAGCCUCCUGCCGGAUCGCCCAUCACACAACCCCUUCUUGCAUUCAGCCCCUGGCACAGCACAACGAGACUCCGCCUCCCAGGCUGUCACGCGCAUGCCACAGAAAACUUCCUCCCAUGAGCUCUAUAAGCAGAGGAUGCAGCUGUCGCUCACUCUCGGCAACCACGGCAGCCAUCAUGUCAACCACCAUGGUGGCCAUGUCGACCAACAGGUGUUUUACCCUCAGCAAGAGCCUCCUAUGGUGGCCUACAUGGUCCCACCUGCUGCCUCGCAGCCAAUGAGCUACGUGACAGCACCGCGAGCCUCGAGCGCAGGCGGCAACCGGCCCCGACUGUACCGCCGCAUGCCCAGCAUCGAAUCUGAUGUCUGAGAGUCACAAAUAAUGCACUUUUACUCUCACCCAACACACACGAACACACAAGCAUGCAGGGAGAAACUGUGUGUGACUGGACCCGGCAGCUCUGAUUCUAAGCACAUAUGAAGAUACAGACACACACACACACACACACACAAACACACUCACAGAGGAAAGACUGCGAGCUCAGCAGUGGACCAAAGGGGUUAACAGUGAUAUAGAGUAAAUACAUUUCUUUAUUAAGCCCUCUGCAGGGCAGCAAAGGGGCCACAGGGACACCUGGAGGCAAAGUUGCAAAAUCAGUAGUGUGUGUGUGUGUCAGUGUGCGUGUACUUGCCUGAAGAUAUGGGCAGCGGGGCACAAACUGACAAUACUUUUAACUAGAUAGAUGGGACUCCUUGUGGGAUAAACAGGACACAGAUCACAGAAUCCAGUGCCAACAGUGGGAUCUCACAAAAAAAUUAACAAAGAGUUAGGAAGACGAGUGAACCCAUCCCACCCUCCCUGAGAUAAAGGGGUCACAGAGGGUCUCUUUUUUCCUGAGAUUACACACAAACACACACAUGUACACGUGUAUCACCCCAACAGAUCCCACCUUUCUACCUGUCCACCUUUCUUCUCCAGGACUCUCCUGUUGCACUAUGAUUUCUUCUCCGGUCAACCUGUUUGUUGUCUGAGCCUCCAAACUGCACUGCUUAAAGAGUAGUCCACUACACAGAAGUAAUCCUUGACUUGAAUCAAAAGUACUAUCUAUGUAAAAGACUGGAAGGCAGGCAGGUUGUCGGAAGACACAGGUCUGAGAAUAAAGCUACUGCCUGCAGAUGUACAAACGCUUGAACACACACACAAAGUAAAAACAAAGACAGAUUCUGCAUCUGUUUUUUAAGGGAGAGUUAAAACUUACAUACUGUUUGUUAUUGUUGAUGUCAGUUAAUUGAAAAUUCUAAAAAGUGGACCAAAUGCGGCCACCAGAAAAAAAAGCCUCUCGGGAUGAGAGUGUGUGUUCCUGGGUUUCUAGAUCUAACAAAGUGCAGUAUCCUUGCUUCCUCUCUUAGCUAGCCUUCAGGUCUUACUGCAUGCUUCCUACUGCCCUGUGUUACACUUAAACUCCUUAUACAGGGUCAUAUAUGCACACGCACUCACACCUGCACAAACACAAGGUACAUGCACAUUAUGACACACAUGCACAUGUGCAUAUUUGCAAUAGUUUAGGAUAGUAGAAUAGAGUGGAUGUGUGAGUGUGUGAAGCUAUGAGAUAGCUUCUCUUUGUGCACUUUGUAGAUUUUAUACCCCCGCCACCCACACAGAUGUUUGACCAAAAACACUUUUGUACUGAAAAAUAUGAAUAUUCUCAGUCACUCGCUGGAUAGAUGUUUUCUUUUUCCUCUUAUUUCUCUUACGCGUUGGGUUUUAGGGCACCAUGAAGGGCCAAGCUCUUCUAGGAUCAAACGUUUUUUUAGCAUUAGACAAAGGGUUACCGCAUCAUGCAUACAGUAUACAUGACACAAACACUUUACCUGUGUUUGCUUUUACAGAGCUCAUCCCUCCAAUGAGCCUUUUUCUGCUUUCCUCAUCAGAUGGUUUCCGUUUAUUUUCUCUAUUGCUUCUUAUAGCUCUUCCCCUGCUUCCUGCUGUAGAGUAGAUAAAGUAUCAAAAGAGUAAAGUUCAGUCUUGGUGUUUAAAGAAAUCUUCCACUUUUGCUGGAAAUCACUUCAUAUCAGUAGUUGUGAAAACUCAUCGGAUUCAGCACUGUUUCUCUUGGGAUGCGGUGUCCUUUUCUAUGUAAAACAAAAGGACUUGCAGACUUUUUGAAAUGUUUUUAUGGUGAAUUUUUGGUCAGAGUGCGACAUCGGGUGCUGGUUUUUCCUCAUCGAAGUUAUCGUCAGAGUAGCUGGUACAGCACUCGAGUGCCCCUCUGCUGGUGAGAGCACCGUGUUGCGUUUCAGUCCAGAGAGGCACGUGGAAAAGGCAGAGUUUGCAAAGUGACUUGUUUCAGAAGCACGCGUGCACACAAGCACACACUCUACAGGCCGGCAAUGUUCGUAUGAGUGUUUUAGAAAUCCAUAACCUACUGAACAAGGGCAUUGAUUUUUCAUCACAAGGAUUUUGAUGGAAACAGGACUUGAUAUUCCAUUAGCUGAGUGUCUGUCUCUAUUCUCUUUUUUGCUAUUCUCAUUUCUCUCUCACACAAACAAACACAUUCACUUAUAUACAGUACAUAAGCGGCAAAAAGAAAGCAGGACAGUUUUUUUUAAAAAAGAGAAAAGAAAAUGCACCUUUCAAUGGUGAGUGCUGCCCCUAUUUUGGUAAUCUUAACAGAUUUCUUGUGUAAGUUAUAUGCACAAUAUCAGGUUGCAAUAUUAUACUUCUGUACAGAUAUUUUUUUGGUUUGUUUUAAAUGUUAGAAAAUUAUUUCAUUUGUUUGAUUUGAACUCAUUUCAAAUGCAACGUGGCUUUUUAAAUUCUGCUUUAAAAAAAUGAAAAGCAUGUUUUAGAUACUUAUGUCAUUUUAUUCCCCCCUCCCCUCCUUCCUCUGAAGUGUUAUAGGCUGGGAACUCACUGUACAGUCGUUACAAAUGGGUUAACACACUGGUUAACCAUUUGGGUCGGCUAACAAGUUAACCAACUACACAUAGCUGAAUCAUAUUCGAUGACUGUUCAGCCUGUGUGGUUUAAACAAAUCCCCGUCCCGCCCACUGUGUUCUCCUCCACCACGAGUCUGUGCUUUUCCACCUUUGAGUGUGAGAGUAUUUCUCUGUGUGUUUGUGUGUUUCACAUUGUGAAGGCAUUUGUACAAAACAGAGGAUGUGUGUAUUAGAGGUUUCUUGGGGUGUGUGUAUGUGUGCGUGUACGUGUGCUUUUGGUAUACUCUUUUUUUCAUCCUACACACAACAUUUGACCUGGCUAUUAUUAUUCAUGCAACACAAAUAGAGAAAUAAACAUGCAAAUGCACACACACACACACAUACAGACAUGGCAUACAGACUGUCACGUUAAAGUGAGUAUGUAGGAUUAGUUUUGUAUAUCCAGCGCCACACAUUUUUUCUUUACUUUUUUCUUUUAUUCAAUUUUUUUAUUUUGAUUUGGUUACUGCAUGACAUGCUUGUGUUUUUAGUGGUACCUAUUUUGCUGCAACAUAUGGUUUUCCCUAAGUUUGGACCCUCAGGGCUACACACACCAACGCGAGCCCUUCCACCCUGACUAUACCGACACACCUUUCAGUUUCAGAGUCCCACAAGUUGUGUUUUCUGCUUGGGUUGUGAGCAACAUUGCACUUGGCUGACUUUGGCUCAACGUAAGCCACCACAAGAAAUCCUUUUUAUGUAUUUCAGACUCAACUGAGAUCUUAGUUUCAAAGUCAUUCCUCCAGUUCUGGGUUAAAGGAGUGUGUUGGUGUGUAGUCCUGUGAGUCGCUGCUGUGUUUCAAACCUGUGUAUAAGUUCAGGGGUUUCAAAGUUACUAGUUGUGUUGUAAAUACUACCUUAUCACUCAGUACCUCUGUACAAUCUGUAAAUAAGUAAAGGUUACAUUUUUCUACUU